GCACCGUGGUGAGGGAGCCCACCCGCAUCCUGAACUCACUCGGAUACUGGACCUGCAAGUGGUCUGUGGUCGUCAGACUCAACAAGAACCCUGCUUCUCCAGACGGACUACAGCACCUGCCAACAACAUUUUCCUUGGGCAACUCCACAGGACUUAUCUUCUACCCGGACAUGCCGCAGACCUGCAGGAGAUGUGGCAAGAUGGGCCACAAGGGCAAGAACUGUACGGAGGAUGCCUGCAGGUAUUGCCGUGUGACAGGUCACACGACCAAGGACUGCCCCAAGAGCAAGACCUGCAACCUCUGCGGACUGGCAGCCCACAGCUACAAGGACUGCCCCCAGAGGGAGAGAACAUGGGCAUCUGUGGCAGCGAGAGCACCGAAGCCAGCCCCAGCUCCGGAGCCAGCACCACGGAUGGCCAAGCCGACCAAGGAGGGUAAGAAGGCGAAAGCGCCACCCCUGCCCUGUCCCGUCCCUCCCCUCCCGCCCCAUCUCCUCCCCCAUCUAUGGAGGAGCUGCUGCAGGACCCAGAGGUCAAGAAAAUCCUGGACACUCCGUCCAACACGGUCUACGACGAGUUCUUGGAAGGGCGCUACGAGAAGCCACAGGAGCCGACAGGCGCCAGAGAAGAGGACCCGUCCGACCAGAGUGGCAAAAGGCAGACAACAGGCGUGUGCGAAGAAGUGGGACUUCAGGAAACUGCAGCGCGAGCUGCGGUCCCUGCAGGACCUGCUCCAGUGUGGCUGGGACGUCAGGGAGGAGCUGGAGGAGACCAAAAAGAGCUUGAAAAGGCACUUUGAGGAGGAAUCCAAGCGAAUCGUCUUUCGUUCCAAGGUGGAGAACCUGGAGAAGGGUGAGAAAUGUAACUCUUUCUUUUUCAGGAAGCUCCAUGCCGGCCACACGCCCCUGACUGAGCUACGAGAUGAGACCGGACACAUGAGGAGUGGCAAGGAGGAAGUGAUGGGGGUCGUCUCCGACUUCUACAGCAACCUCUACGCCCCCAAGUCAUCCGACCCCGAAUCCACCGAGAGGUUCCUGUCAGAGCUCUUCGCUGAGACUAUCCUGCAGAAUGGAGAGACCAGAGGGAUCACCGCACCAGGACCAGAUCGCUACGAGGUCAAGCGCUCGCUCCACAUGGACGACGUGACCAGCGUUCGGUGACUGCACUCGUCCAGACCUGCGA